UGCGCUUGACGCUCGUUCCCACCCACGUGAGCUGAGUGUAACAAGAAAAAAGGUUAUAUUGUAGCAGCGGGGGAAGAACGGGGGUCCGUGACACGUGUGAAAGGGGGUGGCCGCACCCGUGCGUGGUGGAGGGUAUAUCCCGCUUGCUAAAUCCGGAUCCAAGAAUCCGGAUCCUGGUGCCGGCCGUUCUCGAGCCACCUUCCGCUGCUUGGAGUACCGGCUCUGGUUGGGCCCCCUCCAGCAAGGCCGGCCGAGCCCAUGGCUGGCGGAGGGUGGCCGGUGCCCGGCGGCGGUUUCUUGUCCCCUCGGCCCCCGCCGCCUCCUUCCCAGCCGGAGCAGCCGGUGCCGGUUGCUGCGGCUUCGGCGGUACAGCCCGAUCUGGACCAGUGGAGGCAGUACCAGGAGAGCGAUCGGCACUGGGGGCUGCGCAAGCAGUUCAUUCUCCGCAACCUACCUGACUACCCGGGUGCGGGUAUCGAGAAGCUGCUGUCGUUCUCCCAGGUCUGGACCAACCACAUCUUCAUGGGAUGCAGGUACGGCUGUCAAGUUAUGGAGAAAGUCCUGCAGAUGGCGGAAGGGAUUGACAUUGGUGAGAUGCCAUCAUUCGAGCUGGUGCCCGGUGCCAAGGCGACAAAAAGGCCACCCUCACCCUUUGUUGACUCUCCUUGCAGUUCUGAACCUCCAAGAAAACAGCCUCCCAAAUUCCGUGUCAGACCUCGAUUCGAGCCCAUACAUUUUGUAGCCAGCAAUACAAAAGAUGGAGAAAAGCCUUCCGAAAACCAAACCAAGGAUGUCACUGAGAAGAUCACAACCCAGCAGAUACAAAACUACGCGGAUCAGGUCUUCAGCAGCUUCAGUACACAGGAUAGGGACUCCCAGUUUUCCAGUUCAGUGGGUUUAGGCUACACAAGUAGCCAAGCCAACCAAGCAGGAGCCAACAUGGUUUCCAACAGCAAAGACUCUUCCACAAGUGCUGGGGCAACAGAUUCAACCUCUCCUGCCACGCUCCAGUCCACCUCUGAAACGUUUCCCAAGUCAGUUGUGACAGCCAAGCAGUGUUUUAUUAACCAACUUGUAGCAGCCGUGCGCGAGAACCUUGCGAAUCCCAGCUGCCCCGAUAAAGUUAACUACACUUACCUUUUGACGCGAUCCAUACAAGCUUGCAAGACCAAUCCUGAGUAUAUUUAUUCUCCCUUGAAAGAAAUUUCUCCUGAUGACCUCCCCAAGAACAAGAAACUUCUAAAAGGUUUUGCGUGUGAGGUGAGAUGCCAGAAUAUAUAUCUGACCACAGGGUAUGCUGGGAGCAAAAACGGUUCCAGGGACCGAGCUACGGAACUAGCAGUAAUGCUGCUGCAGAAGCCUGUGGAAGUCAAAGUGGCGCAGCGGAAGUUCAAGAGCACUGUCCGUGAGGAUUUGGUGGUGUGUGAAAGCGGCACGUCUCCAGAAUUCCCACCAGCUCUCAAACAGUUGGAUGAUUUCCUUGCUGCCAUGAAAGAAUGCGUGCCUGGGCAGGCAAACGCUGAUCCACAACAGGGCCCCAGUUCAACCAAACACUGGACUACUUUUGUCCUUACGGAAAAUGCCAGUGAUGCUAUCGGGAUACUGAACAAUUCAGCCUCCUUUAACAAAAUGACCAUUGAAUACAAAUACUUCUUGAUGCCCAACCACCUGUGGCGCUGCAAAGUCUAUUUGCAAGAUCACUUUUUAGCUGAAGGGUAUGGCACCAAGAAGACCAGUAAACACGCUGCUGCAGACGAAGCCCUAAAAAUUCUUCAGAAGACGCAGUCUAAUGUCGGAACCACCAAGUCCGUCCAGGUUCAGAAAGUAGGCAACAGUCGACAGGUCCCUGGGAAGAAAAAAGAUCUGAAGGACCUUGUUGUUUAUGAGAACUCUAUGAACCCCGUGUGUACGCUGAAUGACACAGCUCAAUUCAACAAGAUGACUGUGGAGUACGUCUUUGAAAGGAUGACAGGGAUGCGGUGGAAAUGCAAGGUGAUGCUCGAGAAUGAAUUAAUCGCGGAAGCCGUUGGAGUUAAGAAGAUUGUCAAGCAUGUAGCAGCCGAGGAAGCGGUGAAAGUCCUCAAAAAGACUCAGCCGACUGUUGUAAACAACCUGAAAAAAGGCACCAUUGAAGAUGUAAUCUCAAGGAACGAGAUCUGUGGUCGCUCAGCAGAAGAAGCUUUGAAACAGCAGAUCAAAGAAGACAAUAUUGGGAAUCAGAUUUUAAGGAAAAUGGGCUGGACGGGCGGCGGCCUGGGCAAAAGCGGGGAAGGGAUUCGGGAGCCGAUUGCUGUGAAGGAGCAGUUCAAACGAGAAGGACUUGGACUAGACGUUGAAAGGGGGUCAAAAAUUACCAAGAAAGAUAUUGAACAAAUCAUCCAGAAUUAUGCCUUCUCAGACAGUAAGAUUGAUCUGACUUUCUCCACAGAACUGACCAAUGAUGAGCGUAAACAGAUACAUCAGAUAGCCCAAAGAUACGGGCUUAAGAGUAAAUCCCAUGGCCAGGGCCGUGAUAGAUAUUUGGUGGUAAGCCGAAGGAGGCGCAGAGAAGACUUGUUAGACCAACUAAAACAAGAUGGUCAGGUUGGCCAUUAUGAACUCAUCAUGCCCCAGGAUAAAUAAGGUCUGAGCAUCACGGAUGGCUUUGGGGGAUGUCCAUACACAAAAUUCCCCAUUAAAUGGUAAGAAGGCUGCAUAUGAUUGUGGGCUGGAUUUUUGUUUUGUUCAUUUAAUUUCUAAAACUUAUUUAGAACAAGGUUAGACUUUCAAAGUCUGUCCAAACAAACUUAGUCCAGUCUGAAUAACAUUAGUGCAAUUCACGGUUGUAUGACGUGUUAAAUUGUUCCCCUCAUAUUCCACUAUUUUGUAAUAGCAACAACACAUCCAGCCAAAAUGAAAUUUCACACCAUUUUUCGGGGAAAGGAAUAACUUCCUUAUCUUUUUAUUUUACCUUUUUAAAAAUAAAAGUUUUUUAAAAAUGAAAAGAGAUGGCAGUAUGAAGAAAAAUUAUAUGUAAAGUUGGUAUUAAUAAAUAGAAUUUUAUUUCUGGACAUGCAAAGGGCAUGUUUUGUACUGAAAAAUUUGGUUCUUUCAAGAGGUAAAAACGUUUUUAGCAUAUUCAAAAGGCAACAUUGUUAAAACAUUAUUGUUGGUUGACCGUGUUCACCUAACAUUGUAUUCUGCAUUUGCACCAUCCAAGUCUUGAAAAUGGCAGAAAGCUCAGAAUAAGCCAGCUUUUAUCUUUAAAAAAUCCAAACACCAGCCACAAUGUUGGUUUCAGUGAGAGAUGUUCAUAACUCUCCCACUGAAGUUAAUGGGCUUAGCUGUGACUGCUUCAUACCCAAGUUUCUAGCUCUCAAGGCUGUUAACAUGGAAAGUUUAUGAGCAGUGUUCUGUGACAGGAGGGAAACAAAAUAAUUAAGCACAGGCAAGUGUGCUUCAUCGUGACAUUUUGGCAUGACGUAUCCUUAUGUGUGUGUCGUGGAGAACAGGCACAACUAUGGCUUUUUGUUUACCAGCAGGUUCUGCUUUCUAAAACAAAUGAAUGCACAUAUCAUCUUAAUGGUAAGAUUCCACUUGAGAAGAGUUCCUCACAUACCCUGUUGACCAGUGAAGUAUUAAAAUGAACCCUUAAUUUUAGUCACUCUGGGAAUGGGGCAGGUUUAUUCGCUUGUUUCUCUACUUAGCUCCAAUGACUUGUUUUCUUGUUUCCUUUGUGUACAUGUGCUUGUAUAUCUCAUGGGGAGAGUAACAAGUAAAAAGUUCUCUCUUGCUACAUCUGUA